GUGUACGUCGUGAAAUUUGUUUAUAUUGCUUAACCAACUUACUUUCGUCGAUUUUAAAUCAGUUAAUAUAAAUAAUAAAAUUAAAAAUCAAUAAAAAUGGUAAUAUAUCUGAAUUCGUUACUCUCGUUGUUUGAAUAAAUAAGUUAAUUUUAUUGGAAGAAUAAGUAUACAGAAACAAGCCGGAGAAAUGACCAAAAAAACGAUCGACAUCGACGGAUUAUUAGAAGAGGUGGGCGAAUUUGGAAACUAUCAAAAACUUUAUAUAUUUUUUCUUGGACUGUCGUUACUAUUCACGGCGUCGUCCACCAUGUCGUUCGUGUUCACUACGGGAGACAUGAACUACAGAUGUCUGAUAAACGGAUGUGAUUCGGCUUCUGAGACAACCGUCGAUUACUGGCCUAUAUGGCUGAACCGGACCGUACCGUUUGAUAACGACGACCAUCGGCUGGCUAAAUGCUCGCAGUACGUACGACAUAAUUCAGUUGACACCAACAAAACCGACAAACGCAUUUUCCAAUGUGACGACAGCGACUUUAACAAGUCUUUGAGCGUGCAGUGCGAAGAAUUCGUUUUCGAAUCCGGUGGGGAGACAACGAUAGUUUCUGCGUUCAACAUAUUUUGCAAAAAUAACAAAUGGAAACUGACAAUCGUAGGGAGCCUCAACAACAUUGGUCAGUUUUUCUCGUUACCCAUAUCCGGUUUUUUGUCAGACAAGUACGGCAGGAAAAAUAUUAUUAUCAUCGGAAGUGUAUUAGCAGCAACAUGUGGAAUUUUACGUGGGUUGUCAAUAAAUUACACCAUGUUCCUGGUAUUGGAAUUUUUUGAUGCUUUUUUUUCCGGUGGAGUUUACAGUGCCACUUUUAUAAUGGGUAUCGGGCUAGUUGGUGCCAAACACAGAGUUUUUGCAAGUACCGUUUUAAGCGCUUACUAUCCAAUUGGCGAGGCAUUAGUCGGAGUAUUGUUUUGGUACGUUCAAGACUGGAGAAAAUUCUUGAUAUUCGUAAACUUACCAGGAUUAUGUUUCGCGUUGGCCUACACAAUUAUUCCAGAGUCGGUUCGCUGGAUGAUCACCGCGGGAAAAAUCAACGAGGCCAUAGAGGAAUUGAAAUACAUUGCAAAAUUCAACGGAAAGAAACUAUCGGAAGAAAGUCUGAAAAAGCUUGAGGCGUUUAGAAGCACCAAUGAAAAAGAGAUCGAAAUAGAGGAAACGAGGAAGAGAAGGACGACUAGCUGUUCAAGCCAGCAAGCGUUUAAACGUGCUAUGACUUCUAAGCGCAUAAUAUUCCGAUUAAUUAACUGUUCCUUCUGUUGGAUGAUCAACACGCUCAUAUACUACGGUCUGUCGAUGAGCUCGGGUUCAAUAGUGGGAAACCGGUACGGGAACUUCAUUCUGUGCAGUCUUGUUGAAAUCCCGGCGUUGUUUUUGGUGAUCAAAAUCAUGAACAACUGUGGUCGGAGAGAGUCGCAAUGCGCCACGCUCUUGGUGUGCAGUAGUCUAUGCAUUUCUAUCGCGUUCGUCCCAAAACACGCGGUCAUCUUAAAUGUACUCCUAUAUCUGAUUGGAAAGUUUUCAAUAACCAUUUCAUUCGUAAUACUGUACAUGUACACCGCCGAAAUGUUCCCAACGGAAAUCCGACAUUCUUUGCUUGGCAUAUGCUCCAUGUUCGGCAGAAUCGGUUCGAUGGUGGCACCACAAACUCCAUUAUUAGUUACUUAUUUCGGUGAAUUGUCGCCGUUACUACUCUUCAGCGGAUCUGCUCUACUGUCUGGAUUACUCGCACUACUGUUUCCAGAAACUCUCAAUAAAAAAAUGCCAGACACAGUUUUGGAAGCUGAACAAAUUGGCAACUCUACCAGUUGAUUAAUACCUACGACGUCAGACUGUAUAUUUUUUCAAAUGCAUAAUGCAAUGUCUUAAAAAAUCUUAAGAAAAAUUAAAGCCAAUUUAAUUUAUUCA